CAGUGGGAAAGCUCUAGGGUGGCGGGAUUAUUAUAUAAGUUUCUCUUUAUGAAAUUGUACAAGGCAAGGCUUAUCACAAUUGCUGCCUCCAGCAAGUCGGAGCCAGCUUGCUUGCUUGGCUUACUUGCCAUAAUUAGCAGCGCGCUUGGUCCGUGACAACGAGUUCAGGCCGAUUUCACUUAUUAUACUUGGUCAUAUUUUUCAGCUCUCUAAGCCUGUUCCCGACUAGUUAGUCACAGGCCGUAGCGUCACAUCACUGCGCGCUCAGGAGUAACGGUGGCAUAUUCCGCAUAGCGCCGCCUAUACGUGCUCGCUAUUCAACGUAAUUUUAUUUAGUUUUGAGUUUCUACUUUAUUGAUCGUGCGGAAGACGAUCUCAUAACCUUUCAAGCCCAUCGCCGUUGCGCUGGUGACCAUGGAACGCGCUUCUGUACUCCGGGCCGUCGCUACGGCCUUCCUGUGGCUCAUCGCCGCCUGCGGAGCCGUGACCUUCGCUUUCUUCUUCGCCGUAACGCCGACCCGAUGGAACAACGUCCGUGCUACCGAGCUCAUCACCUGGAGAAACACCCUGAUACUGCAGUACAAUAUGACUAACUCCACAACCGGCAGAGUCACGCCCCUCUUGUCGGGUUCUGUCAGCUUCAUGCUCAUCUGGCAAGGCUGCGGAACCCUAGCAGUGGCCCUCGCAGCCGCCGGGCUGCAUUCGCUGCUGACAACCUCCUCGCCCAAACCGUCGCCCUCUUCGUCGCCUUCGGCAGUUUCGGACGCUACAGCCCAUGAAGCCACAAAGAAAACCCGUCGUUUCACGUCGCCUGUUGCGCUUGCAAAGAAGGCUGUCAACAAGGCCCGGCGGCUGCUUCGCACGCAAGUCCCUCCCCGCGGGCUGUGGCGCGCCCUGCUGGGCCCCGAGGGCCUUUCGCUGCUGGACCUGCUGCUCAUCCUGCUGUGGUUCGGUCUGCACGCGAUGUGGUUGCACGAGAUGACGAUGCGAGUGCUGGACAACCGCCGUACGGCUCCGCCGCCACCUAAAGUCGUCGUCCGUAGCCCCCCACCGCCUGCUUCGCCCCCACCACCUGCCAACCUGAACAAACCCCCGCCCGUAAGCCGCCCCCCGCCGGCCUUCAAGCCCCCGCCGCAAGCCUCUCCACCUCCCCCGACUGUGAGGGUCCUCACGCCCCUCCCUCGAGUGGUCCAAACCAAUCUCGCAAAGUACUUCGGUUGGAUCGUGCGGCUGGACAUGCUGCUGCUGUUCUACCCGCUGCCCCGUUGCAACUUCCUGGGCUGGCUGCUGGGCUCGCACUUCGCCGAGCUGCUCAAGUACCACAGGUGGUUGGGUCACGGCACGCUGCUCAUCACCUCCCUGCACGGCAUCAUGUACCUCGCCAUCUGGACGCGUGAUGGCAUCAUCGCCUCCAACCUAACCUGGGCUAUGACCGGCGGCGUCAACAACUUAGCGGGUUUGGUUGCGCUGUCCGGCGGCUGGCUGUUGUGGAUCACCAGCAUCCCUCUCAUCAGACGCCGCCUGUUCAACCUCUUCUACGCCUCCCACAUCACCGGAGCGGUCGUGUUCUUCCUCUUCAGCUUCAUGCACCGCAAGGAUGUGGCCACAUGGAUAAUGCCUGGUAUCUUCCUGUACCUACUCGACGUCGUGUUGCGCACCAUUCAACAGAACUUCAACUCCACACAGCUCAGCGUGGCUGCUGAAGACCACUCCGCCGCCGCCGCCGCCGGCUCCCCAGCCUCCUCCUCCUCCCCGGCCUCCUCCUUCUCCUCCUCCGCUACUUCUGUGGCGUCUCUGUCCCCGGAUGGCAACGUCCUCACCCUGUCGCUUGCUUGCCAUGAGUCGCUGACGUGGGUUGGCUCUGACAUCGUCGUCCUGAACGUGCCGGCGGUCAGCUGGUGGCAAUGGAAGCCCUUCACCAUCGCCUCGGCACCCGGCGCAACUGCCCUGUCGGAGGGAGGCUGCUGCGAGGAGAGGAGGAUAGUGUUGCACAUCAAGAAGUGCGGCAGAUGGACUCAGCGCCUGAUCAACCGCCUGGCAACGGACGCCACUCCAAUUCAGUUGUACGUUAGCGGUCCGUACGGCAACAUCAACCGCAAGUGGAUGCACAGCUAUGGCCGCUCUGUUUUUAUCGCUGGCGGCAUCGGGGUCACCCCGGCGUUGGGCAUGCUACAAGAGCUCAUCUCAUUCCGGCGCCGUACCGGACAACUGUCAACCGCCGGCGGUUGCAACGGUCCCAACGGUCGUGUCAACUUCAUCUGGAUCUGCCGUACCCGGGAUGAGCUGAGCGUCAUGCCUCCCGAGAUCCUGCAGGAAGCCAGCAGGAAUGACAAGCACGCCUGGCUGGACCUGCAGCUCUACCUCACCGCACCAGCCCCCACCGCCACAGACUCCGCUGCUGCUGCUGCCGCCGCCGGUGACAACAACAACAACAAUGGCGGCGGCGGCAGCGGGGAUGGCAUGCCUAGCUGCGGUUCAGCCGCCAUCGCUAAAGCGAUGACCGCUGUUCGUAUUGGUUGCCUGGGCGGUGGAGCUGCUGCUGCCGCCACUGAUCGCCGCGCAAGGCCGCUGGCGCACUCCUACUCCUUCGGCCCGCUGGUGUGGGCUGCAGCGCUGCUACUGAGCUUCGGUGGCGGCUUUCUGGGCCUCAUCUGCGCGCAAUCGUACGAAGGCUACAUGGUGCGAACCGUCAAGACGCGAUCCGACCUCGCUUACGUGGGCAUGCUACAGUUCGCAGCUCUGGGAGUGGGUGCAGUGCUGCCACCUGCCAUCAUGAUGCUGGCAGCGCACUUGUACCGGCGUUUCAUCACUGCCAGCAGCAGCAGCAACGCGACCUCUGGGGCCUGCACCCUCCCCUCCUUUGGGAAGAAGGCGACAAGAGCGGCCACCUCCACCACCCUCUCCUCCAUCCCCGACUCCUCGCCCCCCUCCUCCUCCUCCUCCUCUUCGGCUCACGUUGCGGUGUCCAUGUCCCCCGCACACAGCGGCCCUGAUGCCCCCACCGGCGCCGCCAUCUCCCUCACCGCCACCUCGGCUCUUGCAAAGGUGGCGGCAAAGGGCUGCAGCAGCAGCAACACCAGCCUGGGUUUGGACGCUUUCCUCAUGUCCGGCCGCCCGGACCUGCACACACUGCUGAGCCAGGUAGCAGCAGCAGCCUCCUCGGUGGGUGCUGGCGGGGCGGAGGAGGAGAGCGUGGCGGUGUUUGUGGGCGGACCGACUCGGCUGGUGGCAGCGGUGACGGAGGCAUGUGCGGGGCUGAACGGCGUGUGGGGCGGGUCGGGGCGGGCUUACCUGGAGGUCAGUGCGCUGACACACGAGUUGUGAUGAGUGCGUUGGGUGCGGGGUAUAGAGAGAGGGGGGAUAUAGGUGGGAGGUUAAGUGUGAUUUGAUGGUCUUGGGACUUGGAACUUGAAACUUGGAAGAUUGAUGGGAACUUGUUGAAGUGAGGGGGUGUGGGCAAUACUGGAGGGGUUGCCAGGUGGCUGCCUGGUGCCAACCCAUGCGCAGCGGCAGGCUAGGCAAGGGUAGCCGCCGAUGUAGCCGCGCAUGGGCUGCUGCAUGGGGGUGCAACAGUUGCCGUUUGUUAAGCAAGAAACCUGCUGCCGGCUGCAUGCGUGACUACAAGCUGCUGGGUGCUUGCAGCAGCUUGGUGUGGCAGUGCCGCCCUUGUGAAUGAAUUUUGUGGGCGUGUGGUAAAAGGCACAUUGCGUGGCGCGGGUUACUAGCUGGCAACAUGUAUGCUAUGGAUCGUGAUUGCGUGUGUACCUUUGUCCUUUGGUUGCACUGUGGUCUGGAUGAAUGUGCUGUCGUUAGCACUGCCUUGACCCAUCAUUUGGAUUUUGGAGGUGGCCAUGUAUACUGGCCCACACGGGAAUGUGACCACACGCGUGUGCGGUAUGAUGGCACGGCGGCAUUUGCUGACUUGUGCUUUCGGUGACCUGUCGAGUUGGGCGUUAAGACGGUUAUUGUGUGUAUGUGGCCCAAAAAGUCCGCUGUAUAUGUAGGGCGUGCCCUAGCUAACUACCAGUGCCUAUCUAUGCUGCUGCAGCCAGUGGUGGCAUGCAGAGAGGCAUGAUUGCGCGACCACGCCAUGCAUUACUUACUGCUGAGUCCACGGUGCGUUGUUUCUUCAAGACUAUGACGUGUGCGUUCGAGUGCUUUGUGAUCCUUCUUGCGCUGUUGCAUGUCGUGUCGUACACCUUAUGACACGAUCAGCGUUCAAUUGUGUCAUGGUUUUGGCAGGAUGUUGGAGUCUGGUGCGUGUAUGGAAAACACAGAGGGUAUGCUGGGGUAUGCGCCUGAGUUACUGCAUUAUUAGGGAGGAGGGACGAAUGUCGGUAGGACUCCGUCCAACAAGAGGGUAAGAGCUAUAACCAAAGCUGGGCAAUCGCCCUAGCUUCUACCGGAGGUUAACCUGGGUGGCCUUCUACUGCGUGC